AUGGCAGAAACUAGAUCCUCCAUCAGAAACUUGGAGGUUCAGAUAGGUCAGCUGAGCAAGAGGAUCCCAGAGAUCCCCUCUAACACUCUUCCAUGCAACACUGAGGUGAAUCCAAAGAAAGAGUGCAAGGACCUCACUAUGGAAGCUGAGGCCGAACCCAAGGAGGAGUCUGCUACUGAGGAACUGAAGAAGAUUAAGGCUCAGAAGGAGACUGGGAGUAUGCCCAAGCACACCCCCAUGAAAAGGGAGGAGCCUGAAGGACCACCCUCUCUAAGCAUGCAACAGGAGCCUGAUGAUGAGCAACUUGAUCAGUUCUUAGUAGUUCUCAGGAAACUGCAAGUCAACAUCUCUUUUGCAGAGGUGCUGGAGAAGAACCUCCCUUUCAUGGCGUGUUUGAAGAGCAUGAUCGCUGAUAAGAAGGCUCUAAAGGGAGAUGAGAUGGUGAUACUGACUAAGGAAUGCAGCGCCUUGGUCCAGAAGAAGCUGCCUCCGAGGAUGCUAGAUCCCGGAAGCUUCCUUAUUCCCUGCACUAUAGGGACUAUGACCUUUGAGAAGGCAUUGUGCGACUUAGGAUCAAGCAUUAAUCUUAUGCCUCUCUCUGUAAUGAGGAAACUGGGAAUUCAAGAGGUGCAGCCCACUAGGAUCUCACUGGAGAUGGCAGAUAUGUCCCCGAAACGGGCAUAUGGUGUGGUGAAAAAUGUUCUUGUAAAGGUUGAAGACCUUUACCUCCCUGCGAACUUCAUGAUACUAGAUACUGGGGAGGACAGAAAUGACACUAUCAUCCUUGGAAGGCCUUUUCUAGCUACUGCAAAGGCCUUCAUAGAUGUGGAAAAAGGAGAGCUAUUCCUGAGGUUGCAUGAGGAUCAUAUUCUGUUUAAGAUCCAUAAUCCUCACUCUCCCUCAAAUAAAGAAGGUACCACUGUGCAACACUUACUGUUUCAACAUUCUCUCUGA